AUGUCGCCAGCAUCCAAAUUCCGGUUGUCAAUCUGGCCUACUCGAAUUCGAAUUCAUGAAAUCCAAAACUCGUUCAAACCUUCAGUCUUUCAACAACAACAAUACCGAACCAUCAAACUUUGGAUGUAUGCCAAAACUGCGAGCCAAGUGGGACUACAAAAUAUCACCAACUACAGAAGAUUCGAAAUCAGCACACCUGAAUCAUGUGAGGUUCAACUUAUCGAUCCGGGGUCUAUAGAGUAUCUACCCUCUCCCCUUAUAGACGAUCCAGGAAGAAUGGUAGCUCAUGUCAUAGAAAAUCCUGCAUUCAUAACAUUGCCCUUGAAUGUGGUUAUACGUAAACAUAUCAAAGAUGGAAUAUUUCUCGGGGUCCCGGAAGAUCGUCAAAAUACAAGUCAAUAUUAUUUACAAAAGGUCGCAGAUAAAAACUAUUCCCCAUAUACUGGAAAGAGCCUGGGAUUCCCAGGGGAUGCAAGUGCGCGCAGAGUCAAAUUACUCCCUUUCCACCCAGAUCAGCCAUGGCCCCACAUACAACGAGUCCUGAAAGAAGCUCGAGAAUGGCUCCAGAGCACGCCCAGGGCGGUGAUAGAAAUACAUGUCGCUCCCAGUCGCAGCAAGGGUGCCGUCAAGAAUGAGAAGGAGGUAAAGGAAAUCCCCAGCAAAUGUUUACAUUUGCGUCCCGAUGUAAUCAAGAGGGCAAUGCCGUGGAACGUGAAGUAUGGGGUUCAUGCACAAACGAACGAUGUGGAGUAUUGCUGGGUGUUAUCACAACACGAGGAGAUGACCAGAUAUUUUGACGAUUUACGAAACGCGGUAAAGUACAGGCUAGGAAAGGAAGAGAACGCGAGAGCUAAAGUCGAAGAUCUGAAUAUAAUUCCGGAGACACGGGAGUUGGUUUCCUCACGACAUGGACGGAACGAUAGCGGGGGAGACGCUGCGGUCAAGCCUAUAGAAUGGAAGCCUUUGAGUAAAGAUGAAACAGCACAUCAUCCAGAGUUUGUGUCUCGUAGGUCCUUUAUAGAAGGAGCAAAACGGCAUCCAUCUUAUAAGCGUUUAGCAUCUAUACUAAAAGGGUAG